UUUAUUUAUUUAUUGCCUUUGUAGGCAGACGAGCAUACGGCCCGCCUGAUGGUAAGUGGUCACCGUCGCUCAUGGACGUCAGCAAUGCCAGGGGCAAAGCCAAGCCGCUGCCUACAAAAAUGCUGAUAUCAUUUUAAAGGUUUUUUUUAAUCGUAUACUUUUCAUGAGUUAUUUAUUAACGCUUUCAUCGAUCGAAAGCGACUCCAAUAUGGCUACGAACGAGAACGGCGCUGUGUUUGGUUAGUUUCUCGCGUUUACCGCUACGUCACGGUUGUUCUCGCUGAAAAUCGGAAAACACAUUGCCCUGUGUUUCAAUUUUGUACCGUGAUGGAACUAAACGAUUUUACACGCAUCGUUUUCAUAUAGUGGUGAUUAAUUGGCAGCAACAUGUCACCGGCUCUGGGCACGGUGCUGCGAUGGCGCCGCGAAGCCGGCCCUCCAGAGGCCGUCGUCGAGGAUGUUAAAGAGACAAGUCCACGCCCAGAAAAUACUACCGAAUCCGUGAUGACUCCAUUAGCAUCAACUACAAUGGCUCCAACUCAAGCGUCUAUAGGUGAACAAGCUGCGAACCUAGCGCGGGGAAUGAAUUUGGAGACGUGGCAGCUGGUCGCCAUUCUUGUGGGUGUCGGUGUGGUGAUUCUGGGGAUAUGUUUCUGCUGCAUCAGGAGAUGUUUCCGAAAGCGACGCUCCAAGGAUGGCAAGAAAGGGAUGAAGGGUGUCGAUCUAAAAUCCGUCCAGCUGUUGGGUUCAGCAUACAAAGAAAAGCCUGAUAUGGAGGAGCUCACGGAAAACGCUGAGGAACCCGACGAUGGUGAUUCCAAAAAAGAGGAACAAAAGCUCGGAAAACUUCAGUACAAGCUGGAAUAUGACUUCAACAGUAACAGUUUGUCAGUGACCGUAAUCCAGGCUGAGGACUUACCGGCCUUGGACAUGGGCGGAACAUCUGACCCUUACGUGAAAGUAUAUCUUCUUCCGGAUAAGAAGAAGAAAUUCGAAACUAAAGUUCACCGAAAAACAUUGAGCCCUGUUUUCAAUGAGACGUUCGUGUUCAAGAACGUGCCAUACGCUGACGCAAUGAACAAGACCCUUGUAUUCGCCAUUUUCGAUUUUGAUCGCUUCUCCAAACACGAUCAAAUCGGUGAGGUGAAGGUACCAUUAUGUCAAGUGGAUUUGGCACAGACAAUCGAGGAAUGGCGUGAGCUUCAGAGUGUUGAAGGUGAAGGAGGUCAGGACAACAAGCUGGGAGACAUUUGUUUCUCAUUGCGUUACGUACCUACGGCUGGAAAACUAACUGUUGUCAUACUGGAAGCCAAGAAUCUAAAGAAAAUGGACGUCGGUGGUCUCUCAGAUCCGUACGUAAAGAUUGCACUUAUGCAAAACGGCAAACGUCUGAAGAAGAAGAAAACAAGCAUCAAGAAAUGCACGCUGAAUCCCUAUUACAACGAGUCAUUUACUUUUGAAGUACCAUUCGAACAAAUACAGAAAGUGAAUCUAGUAAUCACCGUGGUGGAUUAUGAUCGUAUUGGCACAUCGGAGCCUAUUGGCAAAGUUGUGCUUGGUUACAACGCGUCGGGAACUGAACUACGCCACUGGUCCGACAUGCUGGCCAGCCCGCGACGCCCCAUCGCUCAGUGGCACACCCUUAAGGAUCCCGAUGAUGGAGAAAAGAAGGACUAAAGACAAAUACAAAUCAAAGACAAGCCUCAAGAACAACAUCAGAGUGAAGACAAGAAGACAAUUAGAUAUAAUUUACUGUUUAUUGUGAAUUCUUGUGUUCUGUGCGCUAGUAGAUACUCUAUUUAACCAGACAUUUCAUUAAAGCUUCUUCGAUGUAUCGAUACCAACAUUAUGAAAGGAAUCGUAUGCCUUUGUGGCUUCUUAGAAAAAUUUUAGUGUAAAAAAUGCUAUAAUUAUCGUUAACCGAAGAUGAAACUAAUAAUAGAAUGCACAGGUAGGUAUACAGUAAAAUAUUAAAGGCAAACACCAAAAAUGUUCUCAUUUCAUUAGUUUCAGAAUAUCAACAUUGAAUAAAAAGCGCGUACGCUCCAAUAAAUUUCGGUUGUCUAAUUUGGCAUGUAAAUACCUACUACAUUAAAUCUCAAUUCUGGUCUAGUAAAAUAUUUUCAUUAGUAUAUACAACGUAAUUCUACAUACCUACCUAAAUACUCAUUACGGUUAGUUAGUAAACGGUUGUGUACAAAUUGGAUACUUUUAUUUAUAGCUUAAAAAUUCCUAAAUUUCUUAGGAAAACGUUGCAAUGUUUGAACAAACUAUAUAAAUUAGCGUUUGUAGCGUCGUAUGUGAUCGUACCAACAUAUAAUAAAUGUAAUAUUAAAAUAUUUAUGUAACCAAAAAAAUCGUCUAAUAAAUAACGGUAAUCUAUAUAUUAUGUAAAUAAGUUGAAUCCUGUUAAAGUUAUUACAUUCUAUUUUACUAUUGUAAGUGUUAUAGUGUUGAUACCUUUUUAUUAUUGUAGGAAAUAAUGCUCCUCCACAGAAGAGAAUGUUUUUGUGAUCAAUAAUUAAUUAUUUACCUUUGUUAAGAUUAUUUAAUAAUUUCCAAUAUUACUCUCUUCUUGUGAGGAACAAAGGGCCUAUUGCAUAGGUACGUAAUUUAAUAAAAUUAUUUAUCAACUAGACAUGACAUUGUUUUAAGUUUAUAUUAAAUACCAUAGGAAAGUAUUUGUCACUUUUUAAGUUCACAUUUUAUCAUUCACUACUUUAAUUGUUAUAAUUUUAUUAUGUACCUAUAGUCUAUACCUAUCUAUUGUUUUGAGUGUGCGCGUGUGUGUGUUAGAAGUUGAAAUUAAUAACCUACGUUCAUAGAUAAUAGUGAUAAUACACUUAAUAUUCGACCUACAUUUACAUUGUAUCAUCGAAUCUAGUCAGUUAAAUUUUGACUAAAAAUUAAAAUAACAUUAUAUUUAUUCAAAGCUCAUCAAUGAAAACAUUCUAUGAUUAAAUUAACGGUGAUGAGAAUAAAAAUACCUACCUACUUUUAUUGAAAAAUUAUGUAACUACAUAAACCUCUACCUCUUAAUAAAUAGAAAAUGCAGUUUAGUAAGGUCGUUGAAAUCCUCCAAAGUUUGUGUGCAUUAAUGGAUUACGUGUUAUGACAAAUGUAUCUUAGCUAAAGCUUGACUGUUGUUAAUCUCAAAGUUCGUGUUAAUGUAUAAUAUAAUAUAAUCACAUGUUAAAACUCACGAUCGCAUAACAUAUUAUUCUUAGGAGAGACUAGAAAUAUCGGGAGACGGGCUUCAACUAUUUAGAAGUGCACCAACACGAAUGUAGGCAUAGAACUCCUUGUGGUUCAAAUACAAUAUUUAACGAAUUAAAAUAAAAUAAUAUAUUAAUGAAUACAACAUAGAUAUAUAAAAUAUAUAUUUAUUAUUAUUUAUUUAAAUGCAACACAUUAACAAGCCGCAACAUUAAAAAUAAAAUUAUUGUAUAAAUCUAUUAAGUGCGGGUAUAAAGGCUUAGGUUUUUAACUUUGAUUUUGAAACUCUUUCGAAAAUUAUACUCUAACAUCUUUUUUUUCACUUUAUAGUACUAUAAAUAUAUUAUAAAUUCUGCCUAUGAUUUUGUAAAGUCCUAUUGCGAAUACCUACCUGAACUAAUUUUUAAAUAUAUGAAAAAGAUCAGAUUAAAACAGUGAAUCAACAACUCAUAGAUGUAUUUUCUUUUGUAUAGCACUUGGAGACGUACUGUGGUGCUGCGUCAGUUCAAUUAAAAAUAUGAAUCUUCCAGACUCAAGGUAGUAUCUUAUAUACCUUCAAAAUGCUUUUAAUUAAAAAAUCUCAAGACGGUUAAAUCAGUUUUGUCCAUGUAUGAUGCAUCGUAUAAAAGGGUCAUUUAAAUAAUGUAACAACUUCAGAUUGUAAUAAAUAUGGCUUUUUACAGCCUUUACAAUUAGUAAAGACAUAAAGUAAAGAUGUUUUUAGCCAUCCUCACUUUACACUACCCUCCUCAAGCCACAAACAAUGGCACCUUAUUGUUAUACAAAUUAGUACCACGAUACCAAACACUACAGUAAACUGUAUAAAAAUAAAUUUACAAUAUUUCAUUAAAUUCCUUUAUUUAAAUUAUCAAGUUUUUUUUAAAGUCAAACAUAAAUUUAAUUUAAUUUGAAUCACUUAAAUCUCGUAGACUUUAGUUUACAUAAUUACUAUUUUAAAAAUUUAUCAGUUUCCUUACCAUUUUUUUAACUAAUUUGUUUUAUAUUAUCUCAAUACAUACUCUGUUAUAUAAUCCAAGAUUAUCAAUGACUUAGAAACAAUUUUUUUAUUUUUUUAGUUUUUAGAAUAAUUAGCAGGUAUGAUAUAAAUAUGUAUCGAUAUUUUAAAAAAAUGUAGGAGUCUUUAAAAUGUAGAAAAUUAGAUAUGCUUUUUCAAUUAUAAUAUCAGGGUUACUGUUUCUUUGGCCAUAUUAUGCACUGGUAAAAUGAUACUUAUUACUUUACUAUCACACAAUUGUUGUCAUAAACAUAAUGUAUAUAAACUUAUCACUAAAAUUGAUUGAUAAAGUUGUCAUAUCAUAUGCCAUUUAAAUGGAAAUCAUUGAUAAUCAUUAUCUUGUUUACAAAAUUUAUUAUGAAAUUUCAUUGAAAAACACAUAUGUUUUAUUUUAAUAUUAGAAUGAUUUAGUUUAAGAAUUUAUUAAAUAAUGAAUUAUGUAACUAUGAAACAUGUCUAUAAUACAUUAUGACAUAGA